AAGAAAGGUCCGUGACCCAUGGUUCUGCUGGCCAGACUUGGAGCUUUACUAGGCGUCUUUGGCUUCCACAAGAUCACCAAAAUGAGCUUGCACGUUCUGUCCCAACUGCGCCGUCCAUCUCGCAGGAUUUUCGGACGGCCACAGCUGGUGCUUUUAGCCGCCGUUCUUUCCUGUGCACGAGGACAACCGAAACUCUGCUUGAAGGAGUACCGUUUCACCCCCCAGCACACGGCCUGCAAGUCAUUGUUAAACCUCACGGGACUUCCAACUUACGGGGGGCAGCUGGUGCACAAGAACACCAUCCUGGGGCUCCUGAACUCCUUCCGUAGCAACGUGGCGGUGGGCAACUGCAAGGACUUUCCAAGCGCCUCCAACAUGUUGAAGUUGGAGUGGGACCAGGAACUGUUUAACCUAGCCUUCGUGCACGCCAGUUACCUCCUUAACGAUUCCAACUGGCCCUUUCACGACAAAGUGGAGAACCGUCACACGAAGAGGUUCGUAAAAACGGGACAAAGCGUCACUCGUCUGCACAACGCCUCUCACCGGUACGUCUCGUACUGGAACGCCGUGAUCAGGGGAUGGUUCGCGGAGCACGCCCGGUUGGAGCGUUCGGAGGUGAGGUUCUACAAAGCUACGCGCUGGGAUGACAACGUCACUCAGAUGUGGUGGGCUGAGACGGCCUUCGUGGGCUGCAGCUACUCGACGAUGGCGAGGCAUGUGUCGACUGGGCCGACUGACGAAUACGCCUACGAUCACGCCUACGUCUGCAAUUUCGGACCGGCGGGCAACGUGUACGGGCACCCAGUCUACAUAGAGGGACGGCCGUGCAGUCGCUGUCCCAAGGGAACCAAAUGCGAGCCGACGUCGGGCCUCUGCGGCUAUGAGCCGGAAAUUCCAUGGCCAGAACUCCGAGACGACGAGAUGCCGCCGCCACCAACGUUGGGGGCCCCCGCCGCCGCGCUGGCGCCAGCGGCGGCGUUAGUGGGCGCCACUGCUGCGCUGCACAUUCUUGAAACAUGGGCGCGCAUAUUCUGCCUGCCCUGA